GUCUUCCACAGCUAGAGGGAGACAGUGCUUUCUUGUGGGACGCCUUGGCUGCUUUGAGGACCGUCUUUGCCGACAUGUCCUUGUUUGUGCGUUUUAAUCAGCGAUUGGAAAAUAACAGGUAGCCUUGUCCGUCCGCCUCUCGCACCCAUAGACACCCAGGAGGAAAUAGGUGGUGUGUGGGGGCGAUUAAAUCAAAAAUAAACCCCAUUUGACACGGCGGGUGGCUCCUUUUUCCUGUGCUGUUUUUUUUGUGUUAGUGUGGCCGACAGAAGAAGCAGUCCGCUGGGUACAACAGCCGGGUUGAAUCGCAACGUGUUUGUACAGAGAGCCACCGCAGUCGGGCUGUGUUUUUAUAUGAACCAGGCUGCUGUGAUCGGGCUGCCGUCAGCCCGUCUCGCCGCCUCUGGACAGAUGGUCGCCGUGAUUCACGCUUGAAUUUAGAGCCAUUAAAGACGACAUCGUGGAUAUGGAAUGGUGCAUGCCGCUGGGCCAAGUGUUCCGCCUCUGAAAAACACCGGAAUCAUGGACAGUCAUCCGCUGUGCACUAGACUUUGUCCACACAGUCAGGACAAAGAGGAUGGAGUCGAGAGGCAAGGUCCUGUCACUUUCAACCAUCGGCACAUGAGGAAGGCGUUCAGAGUCAUGAACGAGCUGCGCAGCCAGAAUUUGUUGUGUGACGUGACCAUAGUGGCGGAGGAUGUAGAAAUCGCUGCUCACAGAGUGGUUCUGGCUGCUGGGAGCCCUUACUUCCACGCUAUGUUCACAGGGGAGAUGGCAGAGAGCAGGGCGAAACGAGUGAGGAUAAAGGAGAUGGAUGGUUGGACUCUGGGCCUGCUGGUAGACUACAUCUACACAGCAGAGAUACAGGUCACAGAGGAUAACGUGCAGGCGUUGCUGCCUGCAGCGGGCCUGCUCCAGCUGAAUGAGGUGAAAAAGGCUUGUUGUGAGUUUCUCAGCUCUCAGCUUCAUCCGUCCAACUGUCUGGGAAUACGAGCCUUCGCUGACCUACACGCCUGCUCUCAGCUCCUCACACAGGCCAACAGCUAUGCAGAGCAACAUUUCACUGAGGUGGUUGGGAGUGAAGAGUUCCUAAAUUUGGGCAUGGAGCAAGUGUCCAGCCUCAUUGCCAGCGACAAGCUCACCAUCCCCACAGAAGAGAAGGUUUUUGAAGCAGUGAUAGCUUGGGUCAACCAUGACAAAGAUGUCCGCCAGGAACACUUGGCUCACCUGAUGGAGCAUGUCCGCCUGCCGCUGCUCUCCAGAGAGUACCUGGUGCAGCGGGUAGAGGAGGAGUCUCUCAUUAAGAAUAGCAGUGCGUGUAAAGACUACCUGAUUGAAGCCAUGAAGUACCACCUGCUGCCAGCUGACCAGAGAGCUCUGAUGAAGACUGCACGCACACGCAUGAGGACUCCAGCCUGCUGUCCUAAGGUGAUGGUGGUGGUUGGAGGCCAGGCUCCCAAAGCUAUCCGCAGUGUUGAAUGUUACGAUUUUGAGGAGCAGCGAUGGUACCAGGUGGCUGAACUCCCCACCAGAAGGUGCAGAGCAGGUGUGGUGUACGUGGGUGGUUGUGUAUACGCAGUCGGCGGUUUCAACGGGUCUCUGCGUGUACGGACGGUCGACUGUUACGACCCGAUGAUGGACCGCUGGACGAGUGUGAGCAGCAUGCAGGACCGUCGAUCAACGCUCGGAGCUGCUGUGCUCAGUGGACUCCUGUACGCCGUGGGAGGCUUUGACGGCAGCACAGGUCUGUCGACAGUGGAGGCGUACAACGCUAAGACGGACGAGUGGUUCCACGUGUUACCCAUGAGUACCCGACGCAGCAGUGUAGGAGUGGGUGUCGUAAAUGGGAUCCUCUAUGCAGUUGGAGGUUAUGAUGGAGCGACCAGGCAAUGUCUGAGUACAGUAGAAGCUUAUAACCCAAAAAGCAACUCGUGGAGCUACAUCGCUGAGAUGGGCACAAGACGAAGUGGAGCAGGUGUGGGGGUGUUAAAAGGUUUACUCUACGCUGUGGGUGGACACGAUGGUCCAUUGGUGAGGAAGAGUUGUGAAGUUUAUGAUCCGGCCUCCAACAGCUGGCGACAAGUAGCUGAUAUGAACAUGUGUCGACGCAACGCAGGUGUGUGUGCUGUAAACAACCUACUGUACGUGGUGGGAGGAGACGAUGGCAGCUGUAACUUGGCUUCUGUGGAGUUCUACAAUCCAAACUCGGACAAGUGGACACUGCUGCCGACCUGCAUGAGCACAGGACGCAGUUAUGCAGGUGUGACUGUGAUUGACAAGCCCUUAUGACUGCUCUUGACACCUGCCACUGACUUGGAGCAGAAUGUAUUCUCCUGCUGAAUACUGGUCUUGGAUCUGUCUAUGAUGCCAAUGCUUGGAUGGGGGGCAGCAUUAGCACAGGCACUGACGCAGAUGAAGGAAAUGACGAGAUUGUUGUUGUUGUUGUUGUUGAGGAUGAUGAUGAAGAUUUUUGCACUUACCUGGACAGGGGGGAGGUAUAACAAACGGGGGGAGGAGGGGGAUCGAACCCGUGUUGUAAUCCCUUCCUGGCAGGACUGCAGCAGUGACUGGACAAAACCAGUUUGAAGCAACACUGUACCAAUGCAGUGCCAUUGAAACGCUACUGAAAUGAAGCUACUAUAACUGCAAAGUUACUUUAACAUUACUAAUGUUAACACGUAAAAGCUCUGAGAAAGACCACUGAUGUAAUCUGCGGGAGAGGAAGGCAGAGAACAACCAUUUGGGACUGAAAUCUUUGUUUCUCCUUCGUUUUUAUCCUCUUGAGGCGUGUGUGCGUUUGUGUGUGUCUGAGUGAGUGUGUGUGUGUGUGUGUGUGUGUGUGUGUGUGUGUGUGUGUGUGUGUGUGUGUGUGUGUGUGCGCUUGCAUUUAAAGGUGCUCCGUUGCUUGCACAUGUGAGCAUGUGUGUUUGUGUGCAUCUGAGUCUCUUUUGUGGUGACGCCUGGUCCGACGCCGCAUGAACGCACUCUGUCUGACCUCUGACCUUUUACAGUGUUGCAGUGUGGCUGUUCAAGAGUGCCUGAAUGUCAAAUUACACCCCGCUUCCCUCUUCUUCUCCUUUGUUAUGCCUUGAGUACUGUUACUGGACAGAUGUACGCACAGCUGGACUCGGCCGCUGUUCUGGGAUAAAGAAAUACAUUUUGAGAACUGUGUUUAGAUAGGUGUGUCGGUUGCAUUAAGCCGCAUGAAUUCAGAACAGCUAUGUGAGAAGCAGUUACAGGAAAUGUACAUUUCUUCUAAAAAACAAAAGAAAAGAAAACAAGACUUUCGCUGGAAUACUAACUCUUCUGGUAAAGGAGAAGCCUCGUUUCAUUUUGCCAAAAACAGUGACAGACAGAGGGAGAAGCUGCUGGAUGUAUCAGUGCUUUACCGUCACCAGGCAGCCGCCUUCACUGUGGUUGUAACCACUAAUGACAACAACAGCCUGAACUCACUGCAUGGUCCCCGUCUCUACCCUCUUAUCCUUCAACCAUACCCUCUUCUCCCUUGGUGUAGCAACCCUAUUAAUUACUGCACACCCUGACGUACUAUGAAUGUGCCAACUUUAAUAUGUCUCUUCUUUUCUGUCUCUCUUUAUUACUCUACUAAUCUGUUCUCUCUCUCUGGAAAGUGACCAAACCUACUCUCGAUUUUCUUUUUUCUUCAGUCUCUUUCUCUUCCCUCUGCUCCUAUAUUGAAAAUUGCUAUAAUAGUAACUGGUAUCGCUGUUUCUUGUCAGUGUAUUGAGGAAUGUCAUGUAGGCUAAUGACUUUGAAAAUGUUUCAUUAUUUGUUUUAUAUUAUCAUUAAUAAAUAUGCUUCUUGUAUUUAAAGCUGUGAAAUGAUAUAAUCUGUUUUUAAAACUUUGCCAAAUCAGUAAAAUAUUGAAA